GUUUUGUGGCAAACUAUUGUUUUCUCUAAAGAAUAUAUAGCAUUUUUGUGGCAAAAAACAUGCAGUCAAAGGUUUGUCGACGCUUACUCAUUGAAUCUCAUGCUUUAAAAGUUUUGACUGUUGCCUUAGUAGUAGUUCAUGUCGACAUCGGGAUCCUUUCCUCUCUCGUCUGCUGCCAGUUUGUGUCUCUUUAGUGUGCCCACACACGCAUGCAGCACACGUGCCGCCACGGCAUCUGUCCCGCUUCAUGUUUUUGGGGAUUACAUGAGUUGUUCCUGCCUGGUGGAAGUUGACUUCUGGUGGAUUGCUGACAAGAGAUGAGAGGAUUUGUCAGGUUUUAGCCAUACACAGUGAAGAAGGGUGACUGGGAGGAGACAAGCCGGGUGUGUGUUUUGGGGGUGGACGUAGUGGCUUUGUAUGCAGAAGACCAGCGGGACAGCCACGCUGUCACUUUCUCUCCAGAGAUUCUUUCCGGAGCUGCCAUGCAGAAAUAAAGCUUACAGAGAUGGGAAAGGGAAGGCCAGUGAAGUCCUGGAUGCUCCGCUGAGAUCGUGUCCCAUGCGCUCGCUUAGCAAUGCGCACGUGAGCGACCGCCGCCGCACCGUCCCCAUGCCCGCCGCUAUGCUCCCGUGCCCCGCGCCGGCCGGGUCCGACUGGAGCUUCCAGAAUCCGGUGGGAGUGGACUGCAGCUCCCCCGAGCCUCGCUGCAUCUGGGUGGCGGUGCUACGCGGCAUCACUGGGCCGCCGCCGGUCAUGGCCGUCGGGCACCGCCACAUUGCCCAUCAGCUCAGGGCGAAAGGGCGGAGGGAUGGUCUCUCGUCGCCUGCCGCCGACAACAACCCCCGGCCGCCGAUGGCAUCCCGGCCGGGCAGGGAGGGCGUCAGUGUGGUGUGGAAAGGCCCCCGCACGCUGAUCCUCCGCAAGAACUCGCAGGGCUUUGGCUUCACCCUGCGACACUUCAUUGUUUACCCGCCGGAAUCCACGUUGCACACAAACCUCAAGGAUGAGGAGAAUGGCAACGGGAAGGGUUUCCAGAAAGGACGACUGGAGCCGAUGGACACCAUCUUUGUGAAGAAUGUGCGGGAGAAAGGUCCUGCUCACCAGGCUGGGCUGUGCACUGGUGAUCGUCUGGUGAAAGUGAACGGUGAGAGCGUGCUGGGAAAGACGUACUCGCAGGUGAUCGCCCUCAUCCAGAACAGUGAGAGUGUGCUGGAGCUCUCCAUCAUGCCAAAGGAUGACGAUGUGCUUCAGUUGGUAAGUGCGUACUCCCAAGAUGCCUACCUGACCGGCAACGAGCCCUUCUCAGGGGGAGCUGAGAACCUCCCACCGCCACCACCACUCUGCUACCCACGCACCAAGACCAUGUCGCCCGCUGGCGUGCCCCCACCUGCCCCCAUGGGCCAGAACCAGCUGGAUAAUUGGAGUCGCUGGCCCUGUUCCCCCAGUCCCUCCUCGCCCCUGGACAACCGUUCCACCGUGUGUAGUCCCGCCAGUUGGCAAGAUGGGCGCUCAGUGGAACUGGGUGGCGUGGGUCACAGCAGUCCAGCCCACAGAACGGAGGAGAUCCAGUAUGGCAUGACUGGGCAGCAGCCUCAGGGGCAAACCAGGGGGCGCUCCUACUCGUCAUCAUCCUCGUCAGGGGGUCCUUUAUCCAGCCCGUUGCAGGUCCACUACCCCAAUCACCAUCAUGGCGCCAACUCCACCCACGCCCAGCCGCGCAAGUCCAGUAGCUCGGCUUGGACCAGCCCGCCGCUGCCUCAUCUUGGUCACGGCCGAAGCGAGCGCUGCCAGCAGGCGCUCUCGGAGUGGUACCAAAGCCAAGUGCCCGAACGUUCUGGACGCAACAUGCAGACGCGUCAACGCAGCUACUCGCAAGACCGCCUCAGUGAGUCCAGGAGGCAGCCGCAUCUGCAGCGGGCAGGCGGCUGGCCACACAGCGCCUCCCAGGACACUCUGCUCUUACUGCAGCAGUCAGGACCGGGGCACCACGGAGAGCCCUACUGGUGUGGAGAGUGGGGUCCAGAAAGGGGCCAUCCUACCUCCAACUACACUAGGACUCGCUCGGAAAACCUGCUGGUGCAGUUUGAUCGCCGUGGACGUUCAUUGGAGAUGUUGGACCGAGGCGUAGCCGGACUGGUUGCGCCUCAGUGUGAGAGGUGGCACCAGCCUCCUAAGCCGCCCCCCAGAACUGACGUCCACCAGAGGCACGGUGGUCCAUACCCUGCGACGCAAGCACCUCAGAUGGCUCGACACUCACAGCCGCACUCUAAACACCCUACGCAGACCCAUUCCCCGCCCCAAUCUCAGCAGGCGGCCCCCAAGAACCGGCGGCUUCCUCCAGGCCAGAGCAUGGAUGACCAGCCGGUGGGCUACCGCAGCUACAGCCCCUCCUUCUACCGUAAGACAGGUCGCAUCAUGCAGCAGGCCCACUCUUUCAGGGACGCCUCGUACUCUGGCCCCCACCUAAACUGGAACACUACCCCGAAAACCAGCCCACCCGAAGGUGCACCGGUCCUCUCAGCCACCACCCCGCUGGCUUCCAUCUCGCCCGAAUCCCAGGAAAGAGUGUACAGGCCCACCAACCACGAGCGAGGGUCGGCAGAGGUGCCGGCGCAGACCCAGGAGGUGGUGAUGCGGCAGAAGCCUCCCAGCGGACGGAGGAACGCCCACGGCUUGCGGCACCCCCACUACGCGCUGCCAAUGGACGGCUUGGAGCCCUCCUUGUUCUCACCAGAACCCCCGGACUCGGCGGCCACCUCGAGCUCCUCGGGAGAUGCAGUGCAAUUUAAGGCAAAUGGCAACCUUGUCCCCCUCUCGCUGGAGGACGAUUCGCUGGCAUCCAUCCCUUUCAUUGAUGAGCCCACCAGCCCCGGCGCUGACUUGCGCGCCCGCCAUGUGCCGGCGUCCUCGGUGGUCUCCAGUGGCAUGAGUUCGGCACCCGCCACGGUCGCCAACCCCGCUUCCCCCACCUUCACCUUCCCUGCCACUAGGCUCUUCUCACAUGACUGCAGCGCUAUUAAAUCGGGUCGCCGUUCCUCCUAUCUUCUAGCCAUCACUGCCGAGCGCUCAAAGUCCUGCGACGAGGGACUCAACGCCUUCCGGGAGGAAGGACGCGUCUUCUCGAGGCUGCCAAAGAGAGUCAAGAGCUUCUUCACUGAUGGGUCUUUGGACAACAUGGGCACGGCAGAAGAGGUGCGCUCCAAGCGCCACUCCACCUCAGAGCUGGGCAACAUCACGUACAGCGACGUGCGGCGGGAAGGCUGGCUGCACUUCAAGCAGAUCCUCACCGAGAAGGGCAAGAAGGUGGGCAGCGGCAUGCGUCCAUGGAAGCGCGUGUUCUCGGUGCUGCGCUCGCACUCGCUCUUCCUGUACAAGGACAAGCGCGAGGCUGUGCUGCGCGGCGCCACGCUGGGCGGCGGCGCCGAGGACGAGCAGCCGAUCAGCAUCCGCGGCUGCCUGGUGGACAUCGCCUACAGCGAGACCAAGCGCAAGCACGCCCUCAGGCUCACCACGCAGGACUUCUGCGAGUACCUGCUCCAGGCCGAGGACCGAGACCACAUGCUGGACUGGAUCCAGGUCAUCAGGGAGAACAGCAAGACGGACAGCGAGGAGCUGGGCUUUUCCAGUCAGGCGCUAAUCAAUAAGAAGCUGAAUGACUACAGGAAGCAGAGUCCAACAGGAAGUAAGCCCGACUCUUCGCCCAGGAUGUCUCGCAUGAAGCCUCCCUUCCUGCUCGCCAAGACUGAGAACGCUUUGGGGGCGCCGCGUUCGCCCAAACCAGACAGCAAAGACGAGAGCAGCCCUCCCAAGUCUCCGUGGGGAAUCAACAUCAUGAAGAAGACCAAGAAAGCGGGACCUAAAGCCUUUGGCGUGAGGCUGGAGGACUGCCAGCCGGGUAUCAACAACAAGUUCAUCCCGCUGAUCGUGGAGAUCUGCUGCCGUCUGGUGGAGGACAUGGGUCUGGAGUACACGGGGAUCUACCGCGUGCCUGGCAACAACGCCAUGGUGUCACUGCUACAGGAGCAACUCAACAAGGGCGUCGACAUCAACCCGGCAGAGGAGAAGUGGCAGGACCUCAACGUCGUCAGCAGUUUACUGAAAUCUUUCUUCCGGAAACUUCCGGAACCACUCUUCACCAACGACAAGUACAACGAUUUCAUCGACGCCAACAGAAUGGACGACGCAUCGGACAGACUGAAGACCAUGAAGAAGCUGAUCCGAGACCUUCCCGAUUAUUACUACCACACGCUCAAGUUCUUGGUGUGUCACCUGAAGACGGUGGCAGACCAUUCAGAUAAAAACAAGAUGGAACCCCGUAACCUGGCGUUGGUGUUUGGGCCGACGCUAGUGCGUACGUCCGAGGACAACAUGAAGGACAUGGUCACGCACAUGCCAGACCGCUAUAAGAUAGUGGAGACGCUCAUACAGCAUUACCUCUGGUUUUUCAGUGAGGAGCCAGACAAGGAUGAAAAGACGCCAGUGGACACUGAGGACGUGCAGCCUGCCCCCAACAUCGACCACCUGCUUUCCAACAUCGGGCGGACCGCGCUGCUCGGCGACGCCUCAGACUCCACCAACAGUGACUCAGCGAAAUCCAAGGGCUCCUGGGGGUCUAAGAAGGACCUCACCGCCAAGGACUUCCUGACUCUGUCCAUCAUGUCGGCGGUGACGGGCCGCAAGCGCCGGAAGCGUCACAACGCCCGGCGGGUGGGCAGCAGCACCGACGACGACUCAGAGCAUGAGCCCGUCAUGGCGGAGGAGGAAGAGGAGGAGGUAGAAGUGGGAGACAGCGCACCUCACGCAGAGGGAGAGGAGGAUGAUGAUGAGGAGGAAGAGGAAGAAGUGGAGAAAAACGAGGUGAAAGCAGAGGAGGCGGUUGUGAAAAAUGGGAAGGAGGAAGAGGAGCCAGGAGGAAGGGCAGACGCCCGCUCCAUCGUGUCGGGCUACUCCACGCUGUCCACGUUGGGCCGCAGCCUAGGGGCGGAGGACGCCGACGACGAGCACAGCGAGCUGGUGAGCGAGACGGACAACGAGAGCGGCUUCGCCUCGCGGGAGCGCCCCGGGAAGCCGCCGCCCCCGCCCCGCAAACCCUCGGCGGUCACUGUUGUCGCGCCGGAGAAGGCCGACGACGGCGGCGGUGCGCGCUCCACCACGCCGUCAUCCACGUCUUCGUCCCACAGGCUACACUCCCGGCCGUCCUUCAACUCGCACAAGCUCAUCCAGUGCGACACCCUCGCACGGAAGAAGAUGAAAGCUCGCUCGCUGGACCUGCUGGAGAUCCCUGCCGCCGCCGCCACGAGUGACAACGCUCCAAGGACGAGGAGGGACACGUCAUCAGGAAGCAGCCAGGACAAUAUUCGCCCAUCCUGGGCCAGGAUGGUCGCCUUGCCGCCGCCCCCCAGCGAGGCGGCGUCCUUCACCCCCUCCGCCAAGUCCCUGGCGGAGCAGGUGCGCGCACGACUGCUGGGCUCGGCAGACGACCUGCGCAGCGUGGGCAUGCGUAAGCCGCUGUCGCCCGAGAGCCGCCGCAAGAGGCGCGCCUGGCGCCGACACACGGUGGUGGCGUCGCCCACCGAGGUGCCGAUCGAGAAGCGGCCGCCUUUGGCAGUCACCGAGUUCCCACUCUCUCCGGCCACCCCUAAAACGCCACCGCCGCGAGGCGAUGAUGGCGUCAGACGAGGGUCUUCCGGCCGCCAGGCCCCCACGUCCAGGUUCCACCAGUAUCUAUGAGCCGCAACGGGAUGACGAUGAUUGACGAGGAGAGACACCUCAUCUGGAAGCAGCCAGGAGAAUCUUCGUCCAAUCCGGGUCAGACUCGCUGCUCCCUCGAUAGGGUCACUGAGGUGCAGAGAGAUAAGCUCAUCACAGAGUCCCUCACUCUCCUGUCACACCCAAACGAGACCACCGCGGAACAAUAACUGCAUCAAGCGAGGGUCUUCUCGCCGCCGCCCCCGGUGAGGCAGCAUCAUUCGUGUGCCGAGCGGUCGUCGCUGUCCAUCACAGAGUACCCACUUGCUCCCCUCAAACCUAAAACAACCCCACCACGGGGGCAAUAACAGCGUCAGGAGGAUCUUUCCGACACCGGGCGCCCACGUCCAGGUUCCACCAGUACCUUUGCGGGGUGGCACCAAGCCACCAUCCCAGGGAGCGGCGCUCCCAGGACGAGGAGAGACGCAUUGUCAGGUACCAGCCGGGAGAAUCUCGGGCCAGGCCGGCCACCCCGCCCACCCCCACCCAGCUGCGGGUCAGCGCACUGGCUUGUUUAGUUGUUUUUUUAAUCUCAGUCAUUUGCCAAAGCUUUCUGGUUUUGUUACUUCUUCUACAUGUGUGUGCUUUUAUAGGGUGGAGACGUACUCUGACCUCAUCACCACGACCACUGUGCAAAGGUUUUGGGUCACCACUAGACUUGUUUUAAUACCAGACGGCCAUUUGAAUCCGUUAGAAAUUGAUGGCGGAUACAUAAAAAAAAUACCACCAGAGGCGCUAGUUGAGAUUCACUCUCAACACCUUCUAAAGAAGUGCCGUCGCAAAAUAAUUCAUGUUAAAUUGUUUAAACAAACAAAGUUCCUUUUAUUGCCAUUUAAUGUCUACAACAUUUUUAUUGCAUCCCCAACAUGUCACGGCACCAGCAUAAAUAGAUGCCAAAAGACAAGCUUCGUUACGUACUUUUGCUUUUAAAGUCACGGUUUGAGUCACAUCGAUUUUAGUAUAAGGGAACAAAAGGCAAAAAAAAUCUCAGCAUUGCAUUGAUCUUAGCAUAGCAAUGUGUUAGCAUUAAGCUAGUGGGGGCAUUUUUAAGGCAGUUUUUGGUCGUUUUAAAUAUACGUGUAAUUCUUUAUUUUAUGGUUAGUUUGACAGUAGCCUUCAACUAGGAGUGGCAGUAAACAGCUUAGACUUUUUGGGAAGAACUGUUUGUUACACGAGUUGUCAAAGUGCUGCUUGUGAAGUGAGUUCACUGCCACCGUACAGCGCUCAUAUCCCAAGCUUGCACUCGCAAGUCAAAGCGGAAAAUCAGAUGUACUUUGGCUCGUAUCUCGAAAAUCUUAGUCGGGUCACUUGUAUCCAAAGGCACCACUGUAUAACUAAUAUAAUUGUAAGCCACUCCUAACAUUAUGCACAGUUUGAACAUUAACACUGCGCUUCAAUAUAGGAAAAAAACUGUUUGAGGGUCACUAGUUUAAUGCACUCAGCUCUGAUGGUGGCCCAAACCUUUCGAACAGAGUUCCCACUGUCUUUCCCACGUGAAUUUCCCCUGGAAAACGGUGCUUCUUUUUUGGGAGAGGGGAAAAAAAAUUCCAACCAUUUCAUGUGAUCGCGGUUGGCUUCUUUUUCCUCCCGUGUUUGUGUUGUAACAUUUGUACAAAGCCUUAUCAUUAUUAAGUUGUAAAUAGAAGCAUUUUGUUUUUAACCUUAACAAUAAUACUUUUUUUUUUUUUUUUUUUUUUUUAAAUUUAUGGUUUACAAACAUU